CUGUAACCUAAACUAUGGAGAGAUGAAUAUUAAACUAUACAUAUUCAAGAUAAACUUACAUAUAUACGUAAUUAAAAUAAACAUACAUAUAUAUAUAUUAACAUUGAUAUACAUAUACCUAGUGUGAAUCAUUAAGAUGACGAUGAAGAAACUUUGUCAAGGAAAUACUUGCGCAACAUGCGCUUGAAUGCGAAUUUGGUCUGUGCUUGUCUAAUUUAGGCGGGUGAUAACCUAAUCAAAAGUAACAAAGGUGAGGUGAGGUGGGUAAAAUUAAGUUAGGUACAGGUACAGUGAGCUGCGAAAUCGCAUGGAGAAAUUAUAAUUAUUAUGAAUGAAUUCAUUGAUAAAUUCGCCAUGCACUUUUAGAGGUCAACUGUACAGGACCUAUUUAUAGGGAUGACAGAACUGGUUCAAGACCUAGCUAAAACGCCGUUCGUAGGGGUUGGUUGACAACCGCCUGUAUGGUCAAAAAUAACUUACUACAAUUUUUGCAGUAGUUAGUAACUUCUUAAUUGCGUCCUCGACUCCGCGUAGUAGGCUUAAGUCUAUAUGACCUUCAUAAUCUGAUAUACUUAUAGUUAAUCUUUAUGUGGUAAUACCAAUAAUCUGCAAUAAUAUAUCAUUUACACACAAGAUAAUGUGCAGCUACGAAUUAUUUGCGAUCAAUAAUAAUUCUACGCUAAUAUAGAUACCUGUAAGUUUUUAUCCAUGUUAUCAAUGUAGAUACUAAAAUAAAUGUAUGUUUUGAUAUACUAUUGUAAAACAAAUGAAUGAGAGUUAAUGUGUGCAGUUGAUUGUUUACAUUUGGUUUGUCUAUAGUGUUAAACUUUUAAAAUGUAUUGAUUAUUAAUGUGUUAAUAUACGAAUAUUUACCAGAGAAAAUUGUGUGUCAUUGAAAUAUAUUUGUGGAAAUCCUGUGUAAAUAAGGUUACGGAUAAUUAUAUCUAGAAAUGGAAGUGCAAAAAGAAGAUAUUGAUAAAGUGCCAUUCGAAAUAGCAUUAGAUAAAGCUGGUUUCGGGCUAUACAGCUACAUCAACACGAUAUGCGCCGGCGUGGCCAUAAUCUCCAUGGCGUGUUUGGUGUACGGAACCACCAUAUUAGUUCCGGCCAGCGCAUGUGAGCUGCAGACUACAAGUGCUCAACAGGGGUUACUAGUAGCUGCACCAGUGGUAGGACUGAUCAUAGGCGCCACUUUAUGGGGCUACCUAGGAGACACCCGUGGACGACGUAAAAUGCUACUCGUUUCUCUUCUAUCCUCGGCUGUCCUCAAUGCAGUCAGCAGUAUCUCCGUCAACUGGGUUAUGCUGAUGAUCCUGCAAUUCUUUACUGCACUGUUGGCUGCAGCCAUGUACACCUUGUCAAUGACGUUGUUGAGCGAGUGUGUGCCGUCGUCGAAGCGCAAUUUUGUGGUGCUCAUGGUGUCCAGCAUCUUUCUGUUAUCUCAGGGGAUAAUGGCAGUGCUAGCCAUCCCCGUGAUCCCGCUCACGUUUUCCCACUACCUCUCCGCCCUGGGCAUCUACUGGAACUCCUGGCGCACCCUGGUGGUGGUCUACUCCAUCCAGUCUGUUCUGUGCUGGGUCCUCUUCUUCAUGCAAGAGAGCCCCAAGUUUGCACUGGUUAGGGGGGACGAGCGCCAGGCGCUGGAGAUCUUGAAGACUAUACAAAAGACGAAUCUAGGAAAAAAGGCGGUAUUUAAUGUUCCAGGUUUACUUCCCGAAACAUCAGUGUUGACGUCAAAACUGUCUGCCAAGGACCAGAUAGUGCCCCUCUUCAAGGCGCCCUUGCUUAAAUACACUGUAAUACUAGCUCUUCUCUUCAUGUUCCAACUGUCCGGGUCCUUCCUAGCCUGGUUGCCUUCGAUAGCCAACCGGGUGAUCUGGAUGUACGAAGUGGGAGAAGUACAGGACCUGACGCUGUGCGGCAUCCUGCAGGCGGACCUCAACUUGCCUGGUGAUCCUAAUGCCACGCCUUGUGCCUUGAACGUCACAUCUCUCCUGAUUGUGCUUCUGGUUGGCGCUGUGCAGUCCGUCUUAAAUCUGUUCCUGACUAUCGUGGUAGUGAGUCGCGCAGGCCGCAGAAACACCGUUAUGGUCCUCGCCGCCGUGGCCGGAUUGGGUGGAAUCCUGGUCAACCUGGUCUCCAACACGAUUGGGACUUCUAUUCUGUUUGGAUUGUUCCUUAUGGGUAUCAUAGUACAGGGGUUGUACACUGCUAUUGCUGUCACUAUCUUUCCUACGCAUUUGAGGGCGAUGGCAGUAGCCCUGACGAUGACUGCUGGUCGCAUCACCAGCUUCGCCGGCAUCCAGGUGGCUAACUACCUGCUGGGGACCAACUGCGAACUGGGUUUCUACCUGUUCGGGGCUAUCUUCGCUUCAUCAGCGAUCGUGGCAUCAUUUCUCCCUGAUGACCGAUUUUUAAGGAAUUUCAGCGCCCUAAGGAACAAGAUUAAAUCACUAUAUCAACAAACAACGAACUUAUAGAACCCAUUGAGUUCGGAAUCAACUAUUGAAUCACUUUGAACUUUACGCCGUACAAAUAAAAACCAUUUAUUCUGCAAAUAGGCCAUAGGGGUACUUUUUCACGUCAACAUGCAGAAUUUUUAGGGUUCCGUACCUCAAAAUGGAAAAACGGAACCCUUAUAGGGUCACUCAUGCGUCUGUCUGUCCGUCAGUCACAGCCAAUUUUCUGCCAAACUACUGAACUGUUUAACUUGAAAUUUGGUACACGUUAUAUAAACCUGUGACCCGAAGACGGACAUGUAACUUAAAUUAAUAUAUUUUUAUUAUAGGGGGUCACUUUCUUAUAUUGAAGACAUGUACUGUAUCAAUUGACUAUUAAAAUCUCACCGGUGGAAAAUGCUGACGCAGUCUAGGAUGGAGUAUGUAUAUGUACCCAAAACAUGUGUAUUCACUCCUGAUUUAAAAAGAUCCAAGUUAUAACGGGAUUUAGAAUGGAGGUAAAUAUUUGACUCUGUCACUUUUUGCUUUGACAGGCCAUUAUUUUGUCCAGGGCAUUUGUUUUGAAGUAUGUUGCGAUGUAGCUAAAACGUAUCGUUUGCCAAAUCUAACGAUUAUUUACGAAUUGGUUGAAACGAUAAGGCCCUAUGUACAAGGAGGCGCUUAA